AUGGAUAUGGCCACCACAAGGAAACAUGUGACUUUGCAAAGAGACAGAUGGACAGUGACUUGGACAACUGUACCAUAUCAGAAGCACACCAGCUUCCUGAGCACAGAAACAUCCAUCUCCAGCCCAGAGAUAGAAAUGUUUGUAAAACAAUGUAACAAGGUUCUGCCCAGUCUCCUACUAGGUGUCCGGGGAAUGGGUCGGGGGGAUAAGGAGGAGGAGGAGGAGGAGGAGGAGGAGGAGGAGGAGGAGGAAACAGGCGUGUUCUGGCCAGAGCCCAGCUGGCUUCACCUAGUGGAUCUUCACCAGGGCCAUGGGCGGAGCUGUCUGCCAGUCCCGGGGCCCCGGCCGGCACUCUUCAGUCCUUGGGCGGUCGAUGGGACUGGGCGCUGCAGUGCAGGGGAUGGCGCUCGUAGGGGAGGCUUGGGCUGCUUAGGAGCCCGCAGCAGUUGGGGAGGCUUAGGAGCCCACAGCGGUGGAGGAGGCUCGGGCAUGGCAGGUUGCAGGUCCCAAGCCCUGCUCCGCGGGGAGGCAGCUGAGGCCCCGGGAGAAUUUGAGCUCAGCGCCAGCAGGCCGGCACUGCUGGGGGACCUGGUGCACCCUCUGCAGCUGCUAGCCCGGGUGCUAAGCCCCUCACUGCCCGGGGCCCAUGGCGCAGGCCGGCGGCUCCGAGUGCGGGGCUGUGGAGCCCAUGCCCACCCCGAACUUGCACUGGCCCUCGAGCUCUGGUGCACAGCCCAGGUUCCUGACCACGCCUCUCCCUCCACACCUCCCCGCAAUGACAAUUUUUCCCAGGCGUUGGGGCUUCCCUCGAGCGUGACGACCCCACGGUUACGGUGCCAAGAGCCAGCCAGGCUGGCGGCGGGGCUGGCGGGAGAGCGGCGGGGCUGGGGGCGCGGGCAUCACGCGACCGCGGGCUCCGGGACCACAGCGCGCCGGGGAGGAGGCCGAGGCGGCGGGAAAAAGCCGAAGAUACUUGAGGGGACGGAGUGGCCAAGCGACGGAGGGAGGAACAGAGUACAGCCUCGCGCUCGUACCGAGCACUCGGACGCGCGGGGAGCGCAGGAGGCCGGGCGGGGAGGUUCGGGGCGGGGCGCGCUACCCGCAGCCCCCGGAGCUCGGCUAACUCUGCGCCCAGUGCACGGCAGCACCAUGGGGUCCCGCCACUUCGAGUGGAUCUAUGACCACGUGGGGCACUUCGGCAGAUUCCAGAGAGUCCUCUAUUUCAUAUGUGCCUUCCAGAACAUCUCUUGUGGUAUUCACUACUUGGCUUCCGUGUUCAUGGGAGUCACCCCUCGUCAUGUCUGCAGGCCCCCGGGCAAUGUGAGUCUGGUUGUUUUCCACAAUCACUCUAAUUGGAGUUUGGAGGACACCAGGGCCCUGUUGUCUUCAGGCCAGAAAGAUUAUGUUAUGGUGCAGUUGCAGAAUGGUGAGAUCUGGGAGCUCUCGAGGUGUAGCAGGAACAAGAGGGAGAACACAUCAAGUUUGGACUAUGAAUACACUGGCAGUAAGAAAGAGUCUCCUUGUGUGGAUGGCUACAUAUAUGACCAGAACACGUGGAAAAGCACUGCGGUGACCCAGUGGAACCUGGUCUGUGACCGAAAAUGGCUCGCAAUGCUGAUCCAGCCCCUAUUUAUGUUUGGAGUCCUACUGGGAUCGGUGACUUUUGGCUACUUUUCUGACAGGCUAGGACGCCGGGUGGUCUUAUGGGCCACAAGCAGUGGCAUGUUUUUGUUUGGAAUAGCAGCGGCGUUUGCAGUUGAUUAUUACACCUUCAUGGCUGCACGCUUUUUUCUUGCCAUGGUUGCAAGUGGCUAUCUCGUGGUGGGGUUUGUCUAUGUGAUGGAAUUCAUUGGCAUGAAGUCUCGGACAUGGGCGUCUGUCCAUUUGCAUUCUUUUUUUGCAGUUGGAACUCUCCUGGUGGCUUUGACAGGAUACUUGGUCAGGACCUGGUGGCUUUACCAGAUGAUCCUCUCCACAGUGACUGUCCCCUUUAUUUUGUGCUGUUGGGUGCUCCCAGAGACACCUUUUUGGCUUCUCUCAGAGGGACGAUAUGAAGAAGCACAAAAAAUAGUUGACAUCAUGGCCAAGUGGAACAGGACAAGCUCCUGUAAACUGUCGGAAUUUUUAUCACUGGACCUACAAGGUCCUGUUGGUAAUAGCCCUACUGAAGUUCAGAAGCACAGCCUAUCACAUCUGUUUUAUAACUGGAACAUUGCGACAAGGACGCUUACCGUUUGGCUAAUUUGGUUCACGGGAAGUUUGGGAUUCUACUCCUUUUCCUUGAAUUCUGUUAAUUUAGGAGGCAAUGAAUACUUAAACCUCUUCCUCCUGGGUGUAGUGGAAAUUCCCGCCUACACCUUCGUGUGCAUCGCCAUGGACAAGGUCGGGAGGAGAACAGUCCUGGCCUACUCUCUUUUCUGCAGCGCACUGACCUGUGGUGUCGUUAUGGUGAUCCCCUACAAACAUUAUAUUUUGGGUGUGGUGGCAGCUAUGGUUGGAAAAUUUGCCAUUGGGGCAGCGUUUGGCCUCAUUUAUCUUUAUACAGCUGAGCUGUAUCCAACCAUUGUAAGGUCGCUGGCUGUGGGAAGCGGCAGCAUGGUAUGUCGCCUGGCCAGCAUCCUGGCGCCGUUCUCCGUGGACCUCAGCAGCGUUUGGAUCUUCAUACCACAGUUGUUUGUUGGGACUAUGGCCUUCCUGAGUGGAGUGUUAACACUAAAGCUUCCAGAAACCCUUGGGAAACAGCUGGCAACUACUUGGGAGGAGGCUGCACAACUGGAGUCAGAGAAUGAAAGCAAUUCAAGCAAAUUACUUCCCACAACUAAUAAUAGUGGGCUGGAAAAAACAGAAGUGAUUACCCCCAGGGAUUCUGGUCUUGGGUGAAUAAAUGUGCCAUGCGUGCUGUCUAGCACCUGAAAUAUUAUUUACCCUAAUGCCUUUGUGUUAGAGGAAUCUUAUUCUCAUCUCCCAUAUGUUGUUUAUAUGUCUUUUUAAUAAAUUUUGUAAGAAAAUUUUAAAGCAAAUGUGUUAUAAAAGAAAUA